UCUGUCCUCCUUUCCUGGUGCAGCCUGGGAAGAGAGAGGGGAAUGGAUCUGAUCAGCUUGAGUCGCCGGAGCUUUAACAACCCGCUUCUUUCAAGCCGUCCUUGACGGGACAUUCCGGGACAAGAUAGCGAGUCGGCCGGCGUGUGCCAUCAGCAGCUUGUGAGAUCUGGAGCUCUCUGAUGGCAGGUAGUGCUGGCUCUAGCUGGGACUGGGGAUGCUGAGUGGGGGGAGGGAGGGCCUGUUUGAGCUGGGACAGCAGCUCCAGCAGCAGGGGGAGUAUCAGGCCGCCCUGCACUGCUUUCUUAGCUGUCUGCUUGGACUGACCCAUGUGCAUAGCUUUACCUCUUUGCCAAACUGCUUGCACCAGAUUGCCGAGCUGUUCAUCACUGAAAAGAAUUAUGAGAAGGCCCUCCAGUUCAUCCAGGCGGAAAAAAUGUUCUACGAGGUCGCGCUGAUCGAGCUCACGGCUCUGCAAAGGACCACAGCACCCCAGGAGGAGUCUUCACUUUGCUCAGCAGGAUGGGUUUCCCCAGAGGAGCUUUCGGAGCAGGCCUCCCAGGCACAGCACCUCGAGCGGCUGGCCCAGCUCUGCAUAAUGAGCAAACAACCUCAUCUUGCACUGGAGUACAGUGGUAAGGCUGCCAAGAUCCACCAGAGGGCCUUUGGUAACGACCACCCAAUAACUGCCAGAAGCCUGGAGCUCAUGGCCACAGUGUAUGUUGAGAUUGGCAAGACCGAAUAUUCAGACUCCCUGGGUCAUUGCAUGUCGAUGCUGUCAAAACGCUUCGCUGAUGAUGAAUCAGUUAGUCUCACGGUCAACGGUUUUCCUCAUUCACAUCAAGAAAAAGACUCAGCGGUUCGCCACAGAAAAGACUCUCGCCGCCAGCAGCAAGAUGAAGUACAAGUCAAGUCUCCUAAUGACAAAAUACCCACAUCGAUCCUCAAGAAGCCAAGUCCUCCUCACAGAUCUGACACUGAAUCCAACCAAAGGCGGAAAGGUGAGCGGAGGGUUCGAUUCCAGGAUCCUGAGACCACAGUACAUGACAUUCCUUCCUGUGACGACACAGGUGUUUAUGAGGCGACACCCUCCCGCCCUCAUCUGGUGCGAUUCAUCUGCCUCUUCCUGAUGAUGUCCUUCCUGGGCGUUGCCAUGUACUACACGGACCGGCGGCAUCCACAGCGAGCAUGUGAGCAGCUGGAGGCCACUCUAGCCGUCUACCUGCUUCACAUUAAGCAGCUUGUGUGGACCUGUUGGAUAUGGUUGACCAUGCAGUGAAAGGGACCAAUCAGAGGCAAAACAAACUGGCUGCAUCCCUUGACGUGAAACAUAUAGCUUUCAUGUUUGAAUUGUUCGAAAUUCUUUAUAUCCAGCUAAAAGUCCAUGCACUAGAAAACUCCAACCUCACUUUAUGAAUGAUUGCUUUUACUAAUAAAUCCUCACUAUCAUCUGCUGGAGAUGCUGGAGUGAUACAUUUUCCUGACUUUGGUGCAGGCAAUUCUUGAGUGACGUUGUGAAUGUGAGUCUGAGUAGGUAUCAUUCUUUCUAUAUACAGUGGCAUGAAAAAGUAUCUGAACCUUUUGGAAUUUCUCACAUUUCUGCAUAAAAUCACCAUCAAAUGUAAUCUGAUCUUUGUCAAAAUCACACAGAUGAAAAAAACAGCGUCUGCUUAACUAAAACCACCCAAACAUUUAUAGGUUUUUCAUAUUUUAAUGAGGAUAGUAUGCAAACAAUGACAGAAGGGAGAAAAAUAAGUAAGUGAACCAUCACAUUUAUUAUUUUGUGCCCCCCCUUUGGCAGCAAUAACUUCAACCAGACGCUUCCUGUAGCUGCAGAUCAGUCUGGCACAUCGAUCAGGACUAAUGUUGGCCCAUUCUUCUCUACAAAACAGAUUCCUGGGAUGUCUGGCAUGAAUCGCUGUCUUCAGGUCAGGCCACAGCAUCUCAAUGGGGUUCAAGUCUAAACUUUGACUUCCAGAACAUGUAUUUUUUUCUUCUGAAACCAUUAUGUAGUUGAUUAACUUCUGUGUUUAGGAUCGUCUUCUUGCAGCAUCCACCCUCUUCUUACCUUUAAUUCUGUGACAGACGGCCUCAGGUUUUCCUGCAAAACAUCCUGAUAAACCUUUGAAUUCAUUCUUCCAUUAAUGAUUGCAAGUUGUCCAGGCCCCAAGGCAGCAAAACAGCCCUAAAUCGUGAUGCUCCCUCCGCCAUGCUUCACGGUGGGGAUGAGGUGAUGAUGUUGAUGAGCUGUUUUUCCUCCACACAUGACGUUGUGUGUUACUCCCAAACAAUUCAACUUUGGUUUCAUCAGUCCUCAAAAUAUUUUUGCCACAACUACAGUGGAGAGUCCAAGUGCCUUUUUGCGAAUAUUAAAUGAGCAACAGUUUUUUUUUUUAGACAGCAGUGGCUUCCUCCGUGGAGUCCUCCCAUGAAGAUCAUUCUUGGCCAUAGUUUUACAUAUAGUCGCAUUGUUGCACAACAAACAUAAAAUCAGAGUUGUGCAAGAAUAAAAGUUACACUCAUGUAAAGCUGUCAGAACACGAGGGGCGAAUGAAAAGGACGCUGGGAUACAGACAUACACAUACAGUGGAGGUGAGGUCCCUUUUAGCCAAUUGGAUGCCAGGAAUGCUAGGCAGUAGCCAAUGGCAGAGCAGCUAUGUUAUGUUCAUUAUGUAUCCUGAUAUUUAUUUCGUAACGAGAGGCAAUAUUUUCGCAUUGAGGCGUGUCCUAACCUGAAAAUUCUGUAUGUAGAAACGUUCGUAAGUGGAGGAACCACUUAGAGAUGUCCCGAUCACAUAUUUUCUUGCACCCGAGUCCGGGUCACCUCAUUUUGAGAAUCUGCCGAUACCGAGUCCCAAGCCAAUACCAAAAAAGUAUUGUUCAAUAAAAAAAUAUAUAUUUUAAACAUGUUACUGUCCCACCGUACCCCACCUUCAUAAUGUGAAUUAUUUUUAAACGAGGAAAAUUCUUCUCCAUUUUUUAAAAUAAAAUCCCGAUCCUUUUCACCCGAUUCCAAUCCUCCGAAAAAUGGCGUGAUGGGCCCAAUUUCCGAUCACGUGAUUGGAUCGGGACAUUCCUAAUACCACUGUAUCAAAAACCUCAAAUAUGGGUUACACAUACCCGUGUUCAUAAUGUGCGUGUGUGCGUGCGUGCAUGUAUGUAUACAGUAAAUUCACACUGUAUUGCUGUCACUGCUAUGUAUGACUCCCAUUCUUACGUUUUGUUUUGUUAAUGCACACAUGCCGCUUUCCACAGUGGAUUACUCAGAUGCAGAUGUAUAGUAAUUGAUUUUAUUUGAAUGCAAGUAUUUAUUUUGUAAAUGAUUUGUGUACACAUGACAUGAAACUAAAUGUGUUUGCGCAAUGCACUAACAAAUCUAUUACUCAGUUCUGCAUUUAUCCCUGAAUGAAUGUAAAUUUAAAUAAAUAUGUACGCCAAAUUCAACACACUGCAUAAUCGUAUACAAGAGCUGCAUCAAUAAGACGCUCAUCAUAAAAGAUAAAAUUGCUGUAUUAAUUUGAGAUGUUUUUGGUUAUAUUUGGCAUACUGCAAUUAGAAAUACAUUGUUAUGAAAAAGUAUCUGAACCUUUUGGAAUUUCUCACAUUUCUGCAUACAAUCACAUUCAAAUGUGAUCUGAUCUUUGUCAAAACACACAGAUGAAAAAACUCUGCUUUAACUAAAACCACCCAAACAUUUAUAGGUUUUUCAUAUUUUAAUUAGGAUAGUAUGCAAACAAUGACAGAUUGGGGAAACAUAAGUAUGGUAAGUGAACCAUGACAUGUAAUAUUUUGUGCCCCCCGCCCUCCUCCUUGGCAGCAUUAACUUCAACCAGACGCUUCCUGUAGCCGCAGAUCAGUCUGGCACAUCGAUCAGGACUAAUCUUGGGCCAUUCUUCUCUACAAAACUGCUGUAGUUCAGUCAGAUUCCUGGGAUGUCUGGCAUGAAUCGUUGUCUUUAGGUCUUGCCACAGCAUCUCAAUGGGGUUCAAGUUUGGACUUUGAGUUGGCCACUCCAGAACGUGCAUUUUGUUCUUCUGAAACCAUUCUGAAGUUGAUUUACUUCUGUGUUUUGGAUCAUUGUCUUGUUGCAGCAUCCAUCCUCUUUUUAGCUUCAACUGUCUGAUAGACGGCCUCAGGUUUUCUUGCAAAACAUCCUUAUAAACUCUUGAAUUCAUUCUUUCAUCAAUGAUUGCAAGUUGUCCAGGGCCUAAGGCAGCAAAACAGCCGCAAAUCAUGACGCUCCCUCCACCAAGAUUCACGGUGGGGAUGAGGUGUUGAUGUUGGUGAGCUGUUCCAUUUUUCCUUCAAACAUAACAUUGUAUGUUACUCCCAAACAAUUCCAAUUUGGUUUCAUCACUCCACAAAAUAUUUUGCCAAAACUUCUGUGGUGUGUCCAAGUGCCUUUUUGCAAACAUUAAGCAAGCAACAAUGUUUUUUUAGAAAGCAGUGGCUUCCUCCAUGGAGUUCUCCCAUGAACACAAUAUAGUUGAUGUGGGCACAGAGAUAUUGGACCAGGUGUGUGUUUUAUAGUGGACAGGGCAGCUGUAAACCACUCACCAGUGAUUGGGCACACACCUGACUUAAUUUGUUUGAUAAAAAUUGGUUUCAAUUGCUCUUUAAGUCUUGUUAGGCAGAAGAUUCACUUACUUAUUUUUCGCCCUUCUGUCAUUGUUUGCAUGCUAUCCUCAUUAAAAUAUGACAACCUGUAAAUGGUUGGUUUUAGUUAAAGCAGAAUCUGUUUUUUCAUUUGUGUGAUUUUUACAAAGAUCAGAUAACAUUUGAUGGUAAUGUGAGGAAUUCCAAAAGGUUACGAUACUUUUUCAUACCACUGUAUGCAUUGUUAGGUGAACAAUUUUAAAUAAUAAGAGUGCCAUGCUCCGUGUUAGGGCAUUGUUUUGAUGCAGCACAUGUAUAAUCCUCAUUACCCUUGUGUAGGUGUAUUUAAUAUGGCCUGUGAGUGCAUUUGGCAGUGGUAAUUUGUGUGAAAUGAGGAGGAGGAUACGGGCUCCUCAGUGACGAUGCCUGGGAGAUUACUUUCUGUCACAUUGCAACACUUUUGAAACCAUCCCUAAUCAUAUUUCUAAAUUGUCGUAAAUUACAUUUCUUUCAAAACGCAAUAUUCAGUUUGCCUUUGUGAUGCUAAUCUAGCUUGGUUUGUUUGAGGGACAGUGUUCAAUAGAGUUGUCUGAUAAUGUCUUUUAACCGAUAUCCCGAUAUUGUCCAACUCCAAAAAUCCGAUAUCAAACCGAUACCGAUAUAUGCAAUCAUGGGCUUAACAUUUUAUGGCCAAUUGUAUUCUGAUGCCCCACUGGAUGCUGUAAUAAUGACCAUGUUCACAUAACAAAUCCCAAGCAUCUUAGGUUGGCGACAUCUAAUGGUCAAUAAGCAUAACUACUGUGCUAAACUGUGACCAGCCCUUGUACAAAGGCAGAAGGCUUCUACAUUCAGUCUGAAGAAAACAUGCAUAUCGACCCAAAACAGAUGAUGAAAAACCGAUGUCGAUAUGAUCCGAUAUCAUUUUAAAAUGCUUUUAUCGACAACUCUAGCGUUCAACUUACACAAAGUUAUUUUGAGGCGAAACACAGAUGACAAAUAGAAGAAUUAUGUGAGUUCCCUUUAUCAAAGCAUAAUUGAAACCACCAUGUACAUUUUUCACAAUGUGUACCUCUCAUUAUGAGCAAUAACACACAUUUACCAUUCAAACACAGUUGUUCAUGUAAUAGAUUUGAUGAAAAGUGCAUUAUGUCAAAGCAAUAUUAACUAUAAUGCUAGUAUGGAAGCAAAGACAUUUUGUAAAAAAACAACAAAAAAAAACAAAACACUGGUCGUGAAGAAAUGUGUAUGCACAGUUUAGCUUGGCUGCUUUUAAUGUAUCGUCACUUUGUAAGAAGUGCCUUUGUAAGAAGGGUUUUCUUGGUCGCUUCUCUCCUGAAUUCAAUUGUUUUGAAUAAAAUGAAUCAAAUGGUUUUGUGACAUGCAUUCAUUUCUGCUUUUAUAGCAUGAAUUUCUAAUGCUGACAGUCCAUGGUAAGGAGUCUGCUUGAGAUGUGCAAUACAAGUUGCUAAAAUCAUUUCAGCGCGGAUGGCAGUUAAUAAUUUUCAUAACUAUAUCGCAAGUGCGGGAACAUCACAAAAGCAGUUUUAGCAUUUUUGCUGCCGCAUGCAAGAUUAAGUGUAGACCUACGUUACCAUAAAACAAAAGUCACAUUUAUCAGUGUAUACAGUAAGACGCAAUAUAUUAUCCUAAAAGCCACUGAACUGUAACUUAGUCAUGCGUUUAGUCUCAUGCAUAUGGUUCACAAAGACAGUAAAGUAUCGAGUAAUAUGAUAAUAUAGUAUGUCCAUGUAUCAGUAGCUAGUAGGGGUGUGAUAAUACAGGUAGUCCCCGGGUUAUGACAAAACCUACUUACGUGAGUUCGACUUUAAUUUUUUUUGUUGCUUUUUUUAUAAUGCUGGCUUUUGUUUUGUGAUGCGUUUAUUUAGUCGCAGGACGCGUAGAGCAGGUAGUACUAACGGCGCGUGAGUAAGAGUGCAUGCGCACACAAAGAAAAAUGUGUGCGCACACGAAAAAGAGCGCACGGGAAUGCGCACACAUGAGGAUGAGCGCAUUAGUUCCAACAAAGAAGUCACACAGGUGAGUGAGAAAGAGAGGGAAACCCUGCUAGCCUGUACUCACAUUUGUCUGUACGGUGGAUUUUAUUAAUGUAAAUCCACUUACGAGAGUAAAAAAGCUUAACCGUUUGCAGUAGGAUGAAAAAGUAUCUGAACCUUUUGGAAUUCCUCACAUUUCUGCGUAAAAUCACCAUCAAAUGUGAUGUGAUUUUUAUCAAAAUCACACAGAUGUAAAAACAGUGUCUGCAUUAACUAAAACCACCAGAACAUUUAUAGAUUUUCAUAUUUUAAUGAGGAUAGCAUGAAGACAGUGACAGAAGGUGAAAAAAUAAGUGAGUAAACCAUCACAUUUAAAAUUGUGUGCCCCCCCGUCUUGAGCAGCAAUAACUUCAACCAGACGCUUCCGAUAGCUGCAGAUCAGUCUGGCACAUUAAUCAGGACUAAUCUUGGCCCAUUCUUCUCGACAAAACUACUGUAGUUCAGUCAGAUUCCUGGGAUGUCUGGCAUGAAUCGCUGUCUUUAGGUCAUGCCACAGCAUCUCAAUGGUGUGAACUUUGACUUGGCCACUCAAGAUGGAGUUUUUGUUCUUCU